UUUGUUGUAAAAUAAUUAAAAUAAAAUUGGUCAUGUUAAAGUUAAGGCAAUUUUUGUAUUGCCAAAUAGCAACACUGUUGGUGGUAGCAAUGCCAGUGGUGGGGUUGUGAGAUAAUAAAAAAGGCGGUAGUCUGAGAAACGAGAGGAGAAAUCAGUGUAUUCGGUAGUGAGCAGAUGUCUAAAGAUUGUAAAAGUGGAGUUUCAAAUAAAGCAAUACAGAAUUAAGUAAACUACUGCAAUCUGUGUAUUAUUUCCUGACUGUUGGAAGUGGAGUCUUACAUCUCAGAAGUGCGGUCGCCUCACUUCCAGAACAUGAAUAGAGAAGGCACACAUCAUUUGAUGACACCCUCGCGCAGCCGUAAAGGAAGCCGAGGCGAAGCGGGUCCCAACCGAUCUCGUACUCGCAGCCGUAGCUCUCGCACGUGCAGCCGGGCCCGGGAGCUGGAACUGUACCAAGAACGUAUCCAGCGACUAGAACAGGAACUGCAGCAAGAGCGGGAGAUGGUACGGCGACGCGAGAGAAGUACACGGCGCCCUUCAGCCGAGAGGCCACUUGCGACCUCUCUUCGUGCAGCUACAGAGGUGCGCCGGAGUGACGAUGCGCGGCAUGCAAAAGUCAACCAUGAACGUCGUGCCACACAUAUCAGGUCACGUAGUCCUUCCUUUUCUACUAAUGAUGUUGUCAAAAUAAUACAGUCUAUUAAGCACGGUCCCGAAUCUCAACCGUUACCGCAGAACACACCGAUGAUUAAUAAAAAUAUAGAUCACAAGAAUAUUCUUCCAAAUUUUGACCCUUCUGUUAAAAAUCAGCGAAUAGACGUGUGGCUGAAAAAGGUUAAUGAAUGCGCGUCGGUUUAUGGUUGGGACGAUAGGACUACUAUACACUUUUCACUACAAAAACUUCAAGGAUUGGCCAAGUUGUGGUUCGAGAGUCUAGAUACGAUCUUGUAUACGUGGCAAGAGUGGCAAGAUAAAUUAAUAAACGCGUUUCCUCACGAACUAAAUUAUGGCCAGUGCUUAGAAGACAUGUUGAGACGAAAAAGCAAGCUUAAUGAACCUAUAGAGCAAUACUAUUAUGAAAAACUGUCUCUGUUAAACCUAUGUGGUAUUUCUGGUAAGCGCGCUGUCGACUGCAUAAUUCACGGAAUUAGUGACAGGACUAUGAAGUCUAGUGCCUUAGCUUUGCGCUGUUCUCUUCCAGAAAAUCUUUUACAGUUUUUAAUGAGUUGGGACACAGAUCAAUUGAUUAAUGAUCAAUCGCAUUUGAGAAAUAAAAAUGCCUCUGACACUGAAUCAAAUUCUAAAAAGAAUUCCGGUCAAGGUAUUUAUUGUUUUAACUGCAAACAGCAGGGGCAUCCGUAUUUACAGUGCCCAAAGCCGCUAGAUAAAUGUAACAAAUGUGGUAAGAUAGGACAUAAAACGGAAACCUGUUUUAAUCAGGAAGAGGGUUCCUCAAUCGGUUUGGUGGUCUCUAAAAAUAACUAGCUCUAGUGCAAAAUUAACCGAAAACUUAUCUUAACGACAUUUUCUUCGAGUCGUAUCACACAUAAAAUAGAGAACAUUCAAGACAAUAUUCCCCAUGAAAGGCUCUGGUUAUAAGUUAAUAUAGUCCUCGGAGAGUAUACCUUUUCAUCUCGAAAUUUGAUGACGUACGUGCUAGUGUUCUGUAGGCUAGGUGACAAUCUGAUGUAAUUCUUCGUUAAUCAAUCAAACAUUACAGAACAAUCGCAUAUCAUUAUUAUGAAAAAUUCAACUACUUAACGGUUUUUAAGCAUGAAUUCUGAACUGUCCCACUCAGAUUUAUAUAAGGAAUAUGAUAAAUCCCUUGAGAGAAAAUAUGUAGCAAGUCUUGAGCAGCUGACAUAGUUAAGAUCUUAAGUAGAUUAUCUAAAGAAUAUUUUGAGUUAUCUAAUUAUAAAUCAGGUUCGUUCAGUCAGUCAGUCCGUCUCCCUGGGUUUGAGGGAAUGGGAAUGAAGCAUAAAAUGCUAUAUUCGAUUUAAUAAAGCCCUGGAUACAUGUCGCGUCACUUAAACUUGGUGGAUCAGUGGGAAGUAAAUCUUUACUACUGACCGUGAAUAAUUCUAAGUGUUUAAUAAUUUUUGUCAAUUACAUUAUUUAAUGUCAAUUAUGUAAUAUUAUUGUCAAUUAAUUUGUCAAUUUAAUAACAAUAAAUGGAUGAUUAAAUGAUACACAUAUAUAACUGAAUUGAUGAAGCACUUACGCUACCGAAUUAUUCUUUCUUUGUUUACAGGUCAGGAGCGAGAAUUGAUCGGUUCGCACCUCGACCAGAAAGUCCUUGAGAAUUGAUUGGUUCAAGGCAAGACAGAAAAUACUAUAGCUGAGAAUUGAUGUUCAGGGCGAGACAGGAAAUACUACAGCUGAGAAUUGAUUGGUUCAGCUUGUGUAUUUCAUAAAGUCCUUGAGAAUUGAUUGGUUCAAGGCGAGACAGGAAAUACUACAGCUGAGAAUUGAUUGGUUCAGCUUGUGUAUUUCAUAAAGUCCUUGAGAAUUGAUUGGUUCAAGGCACACAUUAACUGAGAAUUGACUUGUCAUGGCAGUUUCAUAACUGAGAAUUGACUUGGCAUGGCAGUUUCAUAAUUGAGAAUUGACUUGUCAUGGCAUUUUCAUAACUGAGAAUUGACUUGUCAUGGCAGUUUCAUAAUUGAGAAUUGACUUGUCAUGGCAUUUUCAUAACUGAGAAUUGACUUGUCAUGGCAGUUUCAUAAUUGAGAAUUGACUUGUCAUGGCAGUUUCAUAACUGAGAAUUGACUUGGCAUGGCAGUUUCAUAAUUGAGAAUUGACUUGUCAUGGCAUUUUCAUAACUGAGAAUUGACUUGUCAUGGCAGUUUCAUAACUGAGAAUUGACUUGGCAUGGCAGUUUCAUAAUUGAGAAUUGACUUGUCAUGGCAUUUUCAUAACUGAGAAUUGACUUGUCAUGGCAGUUUCAUAAUUGAGAAUUGACUUGUCAUGGCAUUUUCAUAACUGAGAAUUGACUUGUCAUGGCAGUUUCAUAAUUGAGAAUUGACUUGUCAUGGCAGUUUCAUAAUUGAGAAUUGACUUGUCAUGGCAGUAACACAACUAAAAAUUGGCUUGUUAUGGCAGUUUACAACUGAGAAUUUACUGUCUGUUUCGAAGAAAUUUUGAUAUGUAUAACUUUUAAGGAGUAUUUUGUUUCACUUAAAUGAAAAAAUGUUAAGUGCCUCUUUUUUUUUUUGUAAUUUACUGUUAACGCUGUUACGCUGACGACUAAUAUUGGCCUAAUGUAAGGUUACCACCUGGGUCAUGUAUGGGGACAUACAUGGUGUCAGGACGGUCGAAUGUAAGGUUUGUUGUAAAAUAAUUAAAAUAAAAUUGGUCAUGUUAAAGUUAAGGCAAUUUUUGUAUUGCCAAAUAGCAACACUGUUGGUGGUAGCAAUGCCAGUGGUGGGGUUGUGAGAUAAUAAAAAAGGCGGUAGUCUGAGAAACGAGAGGAGAAAUCAGUGUAUUCGGUAGUGAGCAGAUGUCUAAAGAUUGUAAAAGUGGAGUUUCAAAUAAAGCAAUACAGAAUUAAGUAAACUACUGCAA